GCUGUCAAGCCCGAUGAAUGUUGCAAUAUCCCUGCGUCACGAUUCCAGUAUAUGUUCCUGUUUUGACGUAGUGUCCAGUGCGUAACUUCUUUAGUCAUCGAAAGUACCGCAGAUAGUACGACGUCAAUAUGGCCAACACAACGAUAGGAAGCGCAACAACAACUCUCGCCCAACCGUCGAUUUCAAGCUCGCAAGAAAUCUAUAAUUAUACGCGAGAUGUUAGCGACAACAAAACGAUGGAAAUGUCGGAUGCUUUCUUCUGUGGCGAGGAAGACCCGUUUAGUAAAGACUUCUUAGAAGGACUGGCAGGAUGGAAAAUUGCCUUUCUCGUCAUCAUUACUCUGCUCACAGUUAUUACAGUGGCGCUGUUCGUGGAAGCCGUCAGAUUCAUACAGACUGAAAUACCGACGAAGAGAAGGCGCGCACAUGUCACCUGCGUCUUGGGCGUUUAUCCAGUAUUCUCGGUCACAUCAUUAUUGGCUGUAUGGGUACCAAGAGCUCACUUCAUCGCCUCUAUACAUGCAUCACUAUAUUUUUCCAUCACUCUGUAUCGAUUCGUCUUGUUAAUCUUUGAUUACUUUGGUGGCUUCGAAGCAGCGACUCUUUUACUGGCCGAAGAAGAAGUUAAAAUAUCAAACCCUCCGCUGUUGUGUUGCAUUCCGUGUCUCCCUAAAGUGAAGACUACGGCGACAUUCUUACUCCGCAUGAAGCGGCUGGCCAUGCAGGUUGCAUUCAUCAGACCACUGACUCUGUUUGUAGCUGCUGUGUUGUGGACUGACGGACAUUAUACACCGGGAAAGGUAGCCUCUAACGAAGCGUAUAUCUACCUGAAUACCAUAUCCAUAAUAUCGACGAUGUUGGCGAUUUACGCUUUACAAAAUAUAUACCAAGCGGCUAGGGAGCCCCUACGUGGUUUCCGUAUCGUGCCCAAGUUUCUGGACGUCAUCUACAACAUUCUGAUGAUUGUGGAGAUGUUCAUCCUCUGCAUAGCGGCACGAUUCUUUUUCCGAACGAAGCUAGGAAACAUGCGCCACCUCAUAUCUAGACCCUCUAUAGCGCUCGAGCCGACGACCGGCAACAAUGUCCAAAUGCCACCGGAGCAGCAGGAAAUGAUACGAAAGAAGAGCGCGGCUGGCGAACACGACGUCGAUGUCCAGAAUGCCAAUUACAAUACAGUAUAUGAUCAGAAAGCGAUGAUGUUCAAAUAUGCACUAAGGACCACGGAUGUGGUGAGUGUGUAA